CUUAUGAAUGUGCCAUGAUUUAUAAAUUACUGCCAAGUACUGUCGUAAUUGGACUUUGGUCUCCAUCGUCACUGAUUAAAAAGCGCUAUUUUUUACAGUUUAACGUUAAUAGAUAAAAGAAAAGAACACAAAUUUCUACAAUAAUGUUCUCUACUUGCGUCAAAACGUUACGGAUUACUAGCAAAUUUGGCUCGUUGAUACGCUACGAGUCCACUUUAGUUAUCGCCGAACACAAUAACGAAAAACUACUACCAAUCACUUGCAAUACAUUGACAGCUGCCAAGAAAAUUGGGGGUGAUGUAACUGUAUUGGUCGCCGGUACAAAAUGUGAAACAGUUGCACAGAAUGCAUGUAAAGCCAAAGGAGUCUCUAAGGUCUUUCUCGCGGACAGUGAUGCGUUUAAAGGAUUUACUGCAGAAUCAUUGACCCCGCUUAUACUUAAAUUAUAUAACGAACAUAAAUUCACACAUAUAUUAGCUGGUGCAAGUGCAUUUGGAAAGGCAUUGUUGCCUAGGGUUGCAGCCAAAUUAGAUGUAUCUCCAAUAAGUGAUAUUAUUGGCAUAAAAAGUUCAGAUACCUUUGUACGCACUAUAUAUGCUGGUAAUGCUAUCCAGACUCUCAAAUCUAAGGAUACGCUAAAAGUGGUAUCUGUAAGAAGUACUUCUUUCGAGCCGCUGCCUCUAGAAGGUGGUGAUGCUAAAUGUGAAAAUGUUUCUGCUGGUGACAUUUCGAAUUUAGUGGAGUACAUUAGACAAGAGCUCAGCAAAUCCGAUAGACCAGAAUUGACUUCUGCCAAAGUUGUAAUUUCUGGUGGACGUGGAAUGAAAUCUGGAGAGAAUUUCAAAUUGUUAUAUACAUUGGCAGACAAGCUUAACGCAGCAGUAGGAGCAUCUCGUGCUGCGGUUGAUGCUGGUUUUGUAUCAAAUGAUUUGCAAGUAGGACAAACUGGAAAAAUUGUUGCACCUAAUCUAUAUAUUGCAGUUGGAAUUUCUGGAGCAAUUCAACAUCUUGCUGGUAUGAAAGAUUCUAAAACUAUUGUGGCUAUUAAUAAAGAUCCAGAAGCUCCCAUUUUUCAAGUAGCAGAUUAUGGACUAGUUGCAGAUUUAUUUAAGGCUGUACCCGAACUCACAGAGAAAUUGUAAAUUAUGAAUAGCUCAUUAUAAACACAUUAUGUAUAACAAAUAAUUAUUUUUGUUACUAUAUUAUAAUACAAAUAUACAAAUAUAAAUAUACAAAUAAAAUUUUUAUAGUUU